AUGUUUGUUCCUGAAAGCAAACCUUGCUUCAGAAACAACACAGUACUCAUGCUCAUCAAUAUUCAGAGUUGGCUGCAUCAGCCAAAGGUAUGGAGAUUUGUUUGUUUUGUUUCAUCUAUCGUUGGACUGGUCUGUUAUGCUUUCAGCUCCUCUUUCAAUCAUUUACUUGGAAAUUGGAGCUGGUGGAAGAUCUUUCUUUACAUUCUUUUCAGUUUCUUAAUCUCCCUUUCCACCUUGUUUGCAAAGACAUGGCAGUACUCCAACUCUCGCUGUUUGGAAGCUCACACAGCCUUUUCUGUUUUGCUGAUAACUUCUGUAUACUCCUUUUUCCUCGAUAAAGAUGUGAAACAGAAUGCAGAUGCAUAUAGUCUGCUUUCCUCUGUUGCAUUUGCUAUCAUGUCUCUAGGCUUGUCAAGGCUGAGUCACUUAGGAUUUGAGGUUGAUCUCUUGUAUUUUUUCAGCGGACUUCUGAUCGUACAACUCAUGAAAAUAAAACUAUGGUUAGUCGUUGUUGGAGCAGCUUUCAGUUAUUCCCUCAUCCUCCUCCGUUCCAGUUUGGAUCCUCAACCAAGAAGUGGUUAUCAUGGACUUCAACACCAAGAUCAUGUAGUGGUUGAAAUUGGUUCGCAUUCACAACCACAAGGAACCAGUUGUAGUAGUGUUACUCCAGUGGAUUCACCCCAAACAAUUAUCACUGCUACUGGUAAUGCUUAUUCACAACCACACCAAGUAAUUUCACCUCAAGAGGGUAGUGUUGGUGGUGGUGCCGCUCUGGAAAACAUUGAUGGUACCAAGGCAUACUUCAUGAGUAGUAUAGAGGCUCUCAAGAAGGAGAGUGGGAACGUAAUCAGUACAAUCUCCAUGCAUGUAGACAAAUACCUUAAAGCUAAUCUUCUCAGUGAGAACCAGAUUGCAGUGCCAGAACUGCAUGGCGACGACAACAUGUUGGUGGAUUCGUUGUCGUCAGGCAUGAUCAGAAACAUUCGUCAAAGUGUAGGUAAGAUGGUGUCAGAUGGAUUUGGGAUGGAAUGUUUCCAAGUGUACAGUAAUUGGCGGAGGGAGUUUCUGAAAGAGAGUUUGUGGACAUUAGGGUUGCAAGAUCAACAACUGAACAUGGAGGACAAUAACAAGACGGAGAAGAUUGAGAGGUUGAUAAAAGCUAUGAACAUAGCUUGGAGGAUACUCUUUCCCAAUGAGAGGACACUCUUCAAUCGUGUUACCAGCUCCAUUCCCUCUAGGCAGUUCCGUUUCAGGGAAAUUUGCACAGAAUUGACAACUAUUCUACUGAACUCUGCCCUUGGCUUGGGAACUUGGAGCCAUUUCAUGCGCAACACAUUGCAGGAGUUGAUACAAGAGUUGGAACCAUUUACAACACUCAGAAAUAUUGUACUUCUGCUGAUACGGCAGAGACUGUACAUUUAUGAGGCUUUGGAAGAUGCAUCACUCAUUUCCGGUGGGGGGAUUCAUCCUACUACCAUUGAGGUGAUGUACUAUGUUUAUUCUAUUUACAAAAAUAAGGAAAUUAGUAAAGUUAGCCAAGAUUUAAAGGAGGGAAAGAUUCCAUCAUUUGUGUACGAGGCCAGAGUGAGAGUUCUGUUCGACAAGAGUUUGGAAGCUAAGUCAAAAAAUGGUAAUAAGCUUACGGUUGCGUACUACAUGAAAUCUCUAAACCAAAGUAGGGAGAGUUCACUUAGAAAAGGUUUAGAAGAUGAAAUGCUUUCACCUGUGUGGAUGGACAGGAUGAUAGAGCUUUUAGAGAGCAGUUUCGAAGCCAACUCCAAAAAUUACAAAAACCCAACUUUGGGUUAUGUUUUCAUCAUGAACAACCGGAGAUUCAUAGAACUCAAGACAAAACUGAAUGGACUGGGACAUAUUUUUGGAGAUGACUGGCUCCACAAAAAUACAACAAAACUCCAACAAAACCUUGAACUGUAUCUAAGAAGCACGUGGAAUAAGAUUGUGGAACUUUUGAAGCUAGACAUCAUCAAUCAACUAGAGCCUAGUAAUACAGUCGAGUUGAUGAAAGACAAGCUUUAUCGGUUCAACGAGCAGUUUGAUGAGACAUGCAACAUUCAGUCUGCAUGGUCUGUCUGUGAUGAGGAGCUAAGGGAGCAAAUAAUAAAAUCCAUAGAAAACAUGUUGUUGCCAGCAUAUGGAAGUUUCCUUGGGAGAUUUGAGGAAUUUGUUGGGAAGCAUGCUUAUGAGUACAUUAAGUAUGGAAUGUUUGAGCUUCAAGAUCGACUCAACAAAUUGUUUCUUGUGGAGUAGAUGAAUUUGUUGCUGGAAUAGAAAGAAAAGUGAAGUGAGUUAGACUUAGAUAACAAUAAUUUUAUUAUCUCAUGGUUCCAAAGGAUUUGUGCCUGUAUG